AUGGCAGAAACAGAAGUAGACAGUAGUGCCAAUGCAAGCAAGACGUCUUCCACAUCAUCGUCACCAGUAUCGUCUCCAACCCGCAAACAUUACAGCCACUCGUUAAAAGAAGAUGUUGUAAUGGUCCCAACAUCAGAUGGAAUAGAGUUAGAAGCUCGUGUGUGCAAACAGGCUUCGACUGGAAAUCCACGGCACAACGUUUGUGUGCUAGUAAGCCAUCCAUAUGGCCCUCUAGGUGGCAAUCUACGAAACAAUGUAGUGGAGGCUGUAGUCUACGAGUGUAUGAAACUCGGCCUGUCGACCUGCAGAUUCAACUUUCGAGGAUGUGGGAAAUCUGGCUCACGAACAUCAUGGAAUGGCACUCCCGAACUAGCAGACAUGAUCACAAUGGGUACAUACUGUGUUGAACAAAUGAAGUGUACGCGUCUACUGCUUGUUGGAUACUCUUAUGGAUCAAUGAUGGCCUGUGCUGCUGCUAAAGCGCUGAUUGAUAACGGGGUGAAUGUGGUUGGGUUGGUGGCAAUCAGUUAUCCAAGUUCAGUAAUGUGGUUUCUCACAUCUGGAAACUCGUCAGCAUUCACAGCACCGCUACAAGCCUUGAACAAGACGCCCAAACUGUUUCUCAUGGGUACAUCUGAUAAUUUCACAUCCAUAUCAGCUCAUCGGCAAUUUGUAGAGUCUAUACCGUUGAGUAUUCAAUUCUUGUAUAUUGCAGUAACAGCUGAUCUAGACAAACCGGAAGCAUCUAGGCACAAGCUGGAAGAUUACACUGCUGCAAUCGGAGCAUCUGAGGGUACUGCCCAAAUGAGGGAGUCACCAGUGAAAAAUCGUGUGCGGAGACAAAAGACUGUCAAUCUAGCCUGA